GGCUGGCGAUGCAGUGGGAAUGUGCUGUAGAGAGGGCUGCUGGAUUGCAAAAUGUACAGAUGGAGAAAGGCAGCUAGACAGCAAGAGGGUGGGGACAUCACAGAGCGGGUGCUCCUUUUGUGCGAUGAGCAUUGCUCUGAGAAGGCUGCUGAGCAUAUGGUGGAGCAUGGCAUCCUAGUGAUUCAUCCUGAACUUUCCUGCAUCAAAAUAGAAAUUUUGUUUUCUUUACAUGAAAAUACUUUUCCUGGUACGUGUGGAUAGGGAGACAUCUGGAGAACAAAGCAGGUGAGUCCCUCUAGCAGCGUGCAGGGUCCAACCAUGAGCGAGCAGAGCCACGUCAACAGCCUGUUCCUCAACGAGGACGCAGCCAAACGGCUCCACGCCGAGGGCCGGGUGCAGCGCCUGCGGCAGGCUGUGCAGAAGCGGGCGGCGCGGGCCAAGAAGAGGAUGAGCAGCAUCACUGCUGACAGCGCCAAGAGCUUCUUCCGCAGAAACGCCUUUGUCCUCUUCACCAUCGCCGCGGUCUUGCUCGGGAUCAUCCUGGCCUUUUCCCUCCGGCCCUACCAGCUGACCUACCGCCAGAUCAAGUACUUCUCCUUCCCAGGAGAGCUGCUGAUGCGCAUGCUCCAGAUGCUGGUUCUUCCCCUCAUUGUCUCUAGCUUGAUUACAGGAAUGGCCUCCCUGGAUGGCAGAGCCUCAGGGAAGAUGGGUAUGCGAGCUGUGGUCUACUACAUGGUGACCACAAUCAUAGCAGUCUUCAUUGGCAUCCUCAUGGUGAUCAUCAUCCACCCAGGGAAAGGAUCUAAGGACAAGCUUCACCGAGAAGGCAGAAUUGAGCAGGUGCAGACCACAGAUGCCUUCAUGGACUUGGUGAGGAACAUGUUCCCACCCAACCUGGUGGAAGCCUGCUUCAAACAGUACAAGACGCAGUACAGCACCAGAGUCUUCACCAGAACCGUCCUCCACAGCAGCAAUCUCACAGCAAGCGUGGCAACCACUCAGCUCCCUGCGCCUGAGAACUCCACCGGCAUCCUGGAGAAUGUCACACAUGCCCUGGGGACCAUCUCCGAGGUGCUGACCUUUGAAGAAGUCAUUCCCAUCCCGGGCUCAGCCAAUGGGGUGAACGCACUGGGGCUGGUAGUGUUCUCCAUGUGCUUCGGUUUGGUGAUCGGCAGCAUGAAGCAGAAGGGACGGGCCCUGCGGGAGUUCUUUAACUGCCUCAACGAAGCCAUCAUGAGGCUGGUGGCCAUUAUCAUCUGGUACGCCCCAGUUGGGAUCAUGUUUCUAAUUGCUGGCAAAAUCCUGGAGAUGGAUGACCUGGCAGUGAUGGGGGGCCAGCUGGGGAUGUACACCCUCACUGUCAUCGUCGGGCUCCUCAUUCAUGCCCUCUGCAUCCUGCCACUGCUCUACUUCAUCGUCACCCACAGGAACCCCUGGGUAUUCAUUGCAGGGCUUCUGCAGGCCCUCAUCACAGCCCUGGGCACCUCCUCAAGCUCAGCGACUCUGCCCAUCACCUUCAGGUGCCUGGAAGAAAACAACGGCGUGGACAGGCGCAUCACGAGGUUUGUUCUGCCCGUGGGAGCUACCAUUAACAUGGAUGGCACCGCUCUGUACGAGGCCCUCGCUGCCAUCUUCAUUGCACAAGUCAACAACUACGAGCUCGACUUUGGGCAGAUCAUCACAAUAAGCAUCACCGCCACGGCAGCCAGCAUUGGUGCUGCAGGCAUUCCCCAGGCAGGGCUGGUGACCAUGGUUAUAGUGCUGACGUCGGUGGGGCUGCCAACUGAAGACAUUACGCUGAUCAUCGCUGUGGACUGGUUCCUAGACCGCCUUAGAACAACCACCAACGUCCUGGGGGACUCUCUGGGUGCUGGCAUUGUGGAGCAUCUCUCCAGGCAGGAGCUGGAUGCGCAGGAAUGCGAACUUGGUAAUUCUGGGAUAGAGGAGAAAGAGCAGCCCUGCCAGCGGGUCUGCACACACAGCGACAGCCUCAGGCACCCCAGCAGGGAGACAGCACUGUGAAGUCAGGCAGCAUCACACACUCAUGCUGUAUAAAGCCAAGACUUGAAGCAGAAGUCUUGGAGGACAAAGAGGAGGACAGAACAUGACAGACUUUCCAACAUCUACACUGUUCUCCUCCCCCACAUGCAGUCUCCCUUGAUCCCUUUUACCCCCCAUCUCUUUCCGGCUGACUUUAAAGAGGAGAAAAUUAAACGGCAAAGAAACUUUUGUUCCAUGAAAGCCUGAUUUAGUCAUUCUUCCUGGAGUUCAAGAGCUAGACCUGAGUAAAUAAGGCGCAGUGGAUGAGCUGGACCAGGAGCUCCCUCCAUUCUGAGCUGAAGUUGAAGCAUAGUUAAUUGACAAGGUGGGUCAGUGACACCCCCAGCUGCGGACUGGCACCAGGAUAUUGGCAUGAUGACUAUUGCUAAUCCUGCAGAUGCAGAGUAGCAAAGCCUUCACUUGGUCAGUGGCUUCCCUUCAAGAUUUUGGCAGCUUUGGGAUCUCUGGUGGGCACCAGCGCUCCACUUCAACUCUUCACUGACCAGUGCUUGUGAAAAAACAGUGUUCUGCUUGUGUACAGUCCCAGCUUUGCACAGUAACACCACCAAUGCCUCCUGAAGUCUUCUCACCCCUCUGGCAAUCCUUC